AUGGACCGUAUCACUGACGUGUGGCCCCGAGAGCUCUCUCCCGGCCGUGCAGCCGGUGGAAGAACCACACGCCACUUUCCUCCUGCGCCCCCCCGGAAAGUGGUCGGCGUGCACCCAGUCCAUGUGAGCCGGGACCUGGAAUCCUCCCCUCUCUCCACCCCAAGGGAGAAAAUUCCCCACUUCAGUCUGCGCACCCAGCGUCGCCCGAUGCCUCUCCGCCGCCGCCUCCUAGGUCUGUCCGGCGGCCUCCGCCGCUCGCUCGCCACAGCCGCCGCGCACCCCCCGUGGGCCAUGAUCAACCGCUCGGUGGAGUUCGUCGGGGCGGCGAGCGCGGACGUGCGCCUCGCGUCGCCACCGCACGUCUCCGAGCUAUGCGUCCCGGAGCGCCUCGUCAAGACCAGGGGCAGCCCCGGCCCCGACGGCGACGUCGUUCAGUCGCCCGCCGGCUCCGUCUCCGCCGCGAGCGGCGACGGCCUCCUCCUCCUCUCCUGCCUAGACCUGCGCUUCGUCGCCCCCGGCGCCGCUCGGGUGCGCCAGCAUCUCUACGGCCUCGACCCCACCCACGUCCCCAGCGUCACGCGCUUCGUCUGCAACCCUCUCACCCGCGAGCUACGCCGCCUCCCGGACUCCGGCUCCGACCCUGAGGCCGACGUCCUGUGCGGCCCCAACAUGGGCCUCCUCACCCAAGCCGAUCGCGGGCACGGGCCGCCUGGCAAGUUCGCCGUCGCCGACCUGCAGGAGGGGAACCACAUGCUCCGGUUUCUCUCGGAAACAGGCAAGUGGGAGAACGUCGCGCUCUCCCCGUGCCAGGUCCCACUUGCGCGGCCAAUGGACAUAGACCAGGAGGCGCUGGCAUUCGGCGGCCGCCUGUGGUGGGUCGACUUGGCCUGGGGCGCAAUCUCUUCCGACCCGUUCAGCGACCGGCCGGAGCUCUCCUUCGUCGAGCUGCCGAGGGGCAGCGUGCUGCCGGCUGGCGUGCAGCACGAAGCUUUUCGCCGAGGGAGCCCGCUGCGUGACGCUCAGGGCAGGGUGUGGUGGGAGCAGGCGCCCGUCAGCUACCGGCGCAUGGGUGUCAGCGAAGGGCGGCUGCGGUACGUGGAGGUCUCUCAAGGGGAGCCGUUUUCUCUCAGCUCCUUCGUGCUCGACGACGAAGGCAGCGGCUGGACGCUGGAGCACCGGGUGGUGCUCAACAAGCUCUGGGGGAGCACCAUGGGACUGCCUUUACAGGAGAGGGGGUCGACACGCAUUGUCCUUAUUGACCCGCUUAAUGCCAAUGUCGUUUACCUCACGGCUCACAGGAUUGCCGUCGUCGCCGUGGACAUGGACAGGCAGGAGGUGAUCGGAUGUUAUCCCUAUAGAAACGACCUCUGUAUGCCAUGUGUCCUUCCACCGUGGCUUCGAUCGACCCGAAUCCCUUCUGCAGGCAAGAAGUAUGUUGAGAAAAACAAGACUCUGGCAGAUGUUCUAGUUCGUUCACACAGUCACUAG